AUGCGUCGAGCUGGUCUUGCUUCAUUCGUACUGCAGUCACUAGUCCUCCACACGAACGCUGUUCCGAGUACCCAGUCAGAUACAUAUGUGUCUCGAGUGGAUGCGCGCGGUUUUGGAGACGCAUCAUUCGACUACAUUGUUGUCGGUGGCGGCACUGGUGGAAAUGUCAUUGCCACUCGACUGGCGCAGAAGUCAUUGAAGGUUGCCCUGGUUGAGGCUGGUGGAUUGUAUCAAUUGGAAUCAGUCGCUGCGGUUCCUGCGGCGGACGUUCUUCCUGUCGGAUCGGAUCCCAAUACCAAAGCUCUCCAUGACUGGGGGUUUGUGGCAGAGAAAGUUGCCGGGGCUAAUGGGCGAUCGAUCCAUUAUGCGCGGGGGAAAUGCUUGGGUGGCUCAUCCGCCAUGAAUUUUAUGAUUUACCAACGACCGACGCGCGAAUCGAUGGAACAAUGGGCCACAGCUGUCAAUGAUAGCAGCUACACCUUCGACCAGGUUCUACCAUACUACAAGAAAAGUGUACACUUCACACCACCAAACACAAAGACGCGCUUCGCAAAUGCGACGACCGGUUUCGAUGCAGCCGCGUAUGACGCCCAAGGCGGUCCUCUCGAAGUAUCGUACGCCAACUAUGCGAUGCCCUUUUCAACCUGGAUGAGCCGCGGGAUGGAGGCGAUUGGGAUCAACGAGACCCAGGAAUUCAAUCAUGGGACUUUAAUGGGUGCGCAGUAUUGCGCUUCGACGAUAAGCCCGAAAGACCAGCUCCGGAGCAGCUCCCAGGCUUCGUUCCUGGCAUCCAUCAAAGCGCCCUCCCUAACUACGUACUCGAAUACCCUGGCUAAGAAGGUGCUCUUUGACAAGAACAAAAAGGCCACUGGAGUUCGGGUUAAAGGCCUGCUGGGAAACACCUUCACCCUGAACGCAAAGAAAGAAGUGAUCAUUUCUGCAGGCGCUUUCCAGUCCCCGCAGCUCUUGAUGGUCUCUGGAAUCGGACCGAGAGAUACUCUAGAGCAACACCAUAUUGAGGUACUUGCUGAUCGACCAGGUGUUGGACGGAAUAUGUGGGAUCAUCCAUUCUUUGCACCUUCAUACCGGGUUACUGUGGAUACUUUCACUAAGAUCGCGACGAAUUUGCUAAAUCUCGUCAAAGACUUUUUGAAUUCCUCCAUCAUGAAAACAGGACCUCUGACGAACCCGGUUGCGGAUUAUUCGGCGAGGGAGAAGAUCCCUGAUAGCCUGCGGUCCCAGUUCACUAGCCAGACGCUGAAGGACUUGGCCACUUUUACAAGUGAUUGGCCGGAAGCUGAGUAUAUCUCCGGCGCAGGCUACAUGGGCACGGUCUCCAACCUCCUCACAGACCAACCCAAAGACGGGUACCAAUACGCUUCCAUGCUGGGUGUGCUCAUCACCCCGACAUCGCGAGGCAAUAUCACACUAAAAUCAGCCGAUACUUCCGACCUACCCAUCAUCAAUCCCAACUGGCUCGAUACGAAGUCCGAUCAGGAAGUCGCAGUGGCCAUGUUCAAGCGUAUCCGCCAGGCAUUCCAGAGCGAAGCCAUGGCCCCCGCUGUCAUAGGAGAGGAGUAUCAUCCCGGGAAACGGGUGCAAACUGACGAACAGAUCCUGGAAUAUAUUAAAGACAAUGUGAUGACGCUCUGGCAUGCCGCUUGUACCUGUAAGAUGGGCACUUCUGAUGAUGAAAUGGCGGUGGUUGAUAGCCAGGCCCGGGUGUAUGGCGUUGAGGGGGUUCGGGUUGUGGAUGCCAGUGCUUUUCCAUUCCUCCCUCUGGGACAUCCUCAGUCGUCUGUUUAUAUGUUGGCGGAGAAGAUCUCCGAUCUUAUCAUCAAUGGAUCGAGUUGA